AAGCAAUAAUUUUGGCGGGUUCCAACCGGUCGUGUCAUGGUCUCAUACAAAAACUCACGUUCUUUUUUUCUCCGCACUCAAGAUCGCAAAAGAUUUUAUUGAAGAUUCUCGAAAAGAAAAAAACGGUCCUCAUCUAUUUCCGUUCAUUCCAUCAGAAGACUAACGACCACAAGGCAUGACAAGAUCAAUACAUCGAUAUUACUCUCAAGCAGUAUUUGCAAAGAAGAAAACAUGGCCGAGAGGAGUUGCGAUACAGAGUUGGGGCCUGCUCUCAUCCGAGUCUCCAGCAAUUGCCGCUCCUUCUCGAGAUUUCGCAUCUUUCCACCGCAAUAAGAUCGAAGGUGAAUUCGGUGCCUAUGCCAAGCAAUACGAUAACUCGAUUCAAUCUCCCGAAAUCUUUUGGAAGGAGGCAGCUGAUUCCCUUCAUUGGUUUGAAGAACCCAAAACAUCGUUGGAGAGAAAUGAGGACAACCCGUACUUACACGACUGGUUUCCCGAUGGUAAAAUCAACACAAGCUUCAAUUGUCUUGAUGUACACGUCAACAAUGGGCGCGGGGACCAGAAAGCUCUAGUUUACGACUCCCCUAUGACCGGAAAGAAAGAGGAAUAUACCUACAACGAACUCCUAGAGAAAGUUAGUUUGUUCGCCGGCGCCCUCCAAAACGAUUUAGGAGUCAAACCAGGGGAUCGUGUUGUCAUUUACAUGCCGCUGAUUCCACAGGCCGCAAUUGCAAUGCUUGCGUGCGCUCGCAUUGGUAAGUCUCGUGCUGUUGAGUUCCUAUGGAUUGAGUGUCGAAGAAUCCGAACAAGUUGUUAUUCACUUGCUUCUUGAAAAUAUGCUCUCUCUAUUUAGGAGCUGUGCAUUCCGUUGUCUUUGGAGGCUUUGCUAGUCACGAGCUCAGCAAUCGGAUCGACCAUUCGACCCCCAAAGUAAUCAUAACCGCAAGUUGUGGAGUAGAACCGACACGGAUUAUCCCCUACCGUCCGAUUCUUGAUGAUGCAUUGCGUCUGUCGAAACACGAAGUAGAAAGUGUGGUUGUAGUUCAGCGUAGUAACGUCGAAGAGUGUGAACUCAAAUCGGCGGACGUUGAUUAUGACGAACUCAUGAAACAUGCGGAGCCAGUGAAAGCAUUGCCACUGCCAUCAACACAUCCCCACUAUAUCUUAUACACUAGUGGUACCACCGGGCUCCCAAAAGGAGUUGUGCGAGAUACUGGUGGUUAUGCAACAGCACUGAAAUACUCGAUGGACACGUUCUACUCGUCACGUCCCGGUGAUGUCUUCUGGGCCGCAUCGGAUAUAGGAUGGGUCGUUGGCCAUUCGUAUCUUAUCUAUGGCCCUUUGCUUCAUGGUUGCACCACUGUCAUGUACGAAGGCAAGCCCGUCGGUACUCCCGACGAGGGUGCUUUUUGGCGCAUCAUCGAAGAAUACAAAGUAAAAACAAUGUUCACGGCACCGACGGCCUUUCGAGCGAUCAAACAGUUGGAUCCUUCUUCCGAGUUUUCCAAAAAGUACGAUCUUUCGUCACUAGAAAACGUUUUCCUCGCUGGAGAACGCAGUGAUCCCGAAAUUAUUCGUUGGCUCGAACGAACGUUGCCUCACAUCCCACCGCCCAUCGAUCACUGGUGGCAAACAGAGCUGUAAGAAUACGGAACAUGCUGUGACUGCUUGUUUUCGACACCUUGCAUCUAAAAAAAUGCUAACUAUUUAUUCUUGUCUUUUUCGCUCUUGAUACAGUGGGUGAGUUGGUUUCUCUCAUUCUAGAAUUUUAGGACGAUUCUUCAAAUGCAAGUGCAAAUAGACCGAUCUAACAACU